AUGGCCAUAGCAACGAAGUCAGUUUCCACCUUCACCAUCUUUUUCAUCCUCUUUAUGGUUCUCAUUGAAGUGCCUGAGAUGCAAGCGCAGGAUAGCGAUUGCCUUCAAGAAUACGGCGGCGAUGUGGGUUUCAGCUUUUGUGCGCCUCGGAUAUAUCCGACGAUCUGUCAUACGCGAUGCGUUUAUUCCAAACGCGCAAAACGUGGAAUAUGCGAAUGGAACCCCAGUGGUGGGGUUACAUGCCUUUGUGACUUCUGCGACUCCAGUGUUACUGUAUCUGAUUCAAACGGUCGUCAGGCGGUCUGA